GGCGCGGGGCCGGGCGGGGUGGGGGGGGGAGGCGGCGUGCGGCGGGCACCGGGCACCGCCACCGCCCCGCAAAGCACCGCACAGCACCGCCAUGCCCGGCUCCAUCUAUCAACCCGACGGAGGAGAGGCUGGUCGAGCCCCCCCUCGUUGUUUAGCUUUAUUAAAUCCUCCUCCAAGCCCACCGUCGAUUUUAAACACCGGGCAGGAACCGGAGAACGAAAAAGAGAGGAGGGAGGGGUCGUCUCAAACGCAAGAAGAAGCUUUGAGAUUCGCCUUGGAUCAAUUAUCGUUGUUGGGUUUGGAGGAAACGACCGAACCGGGNGGGGGGGGGGGGGGGGGGGGGGGGGGGGGGGGGGGGGGGGGGGAAGCGGAACCGGAGCCCCCCGGGAACAACCCGACUCUUCCCGGUACCUCUUCUUCACCACCACCACCGCCACCAUCAUCAUCAUCUUCAUCAUCAUCAUCAUCAUCUUCAUCAUCAUCAUCAUCAUCCGUUUUUGGCAACUUCGCACCGCACCACCACCACCACCACCACCACCACCACCACCUCCCCCCUCUUUUAACCGACCAGAUGAACAUCCUCGGGAAUAGGAAAAAAAGCGUCAAUAUGACCGAAUGCGUUCCCGUUCCCAGCUCCGAACACGUCGCUGAAAUCGUGGGCCGUCAAGGUUGCAAAAUCAAAGCCCUGCGUGCCAAGACAAACACAUACAUCAAGACACCGGUGAGGGGCGAGGAACCCAUCUUCAUCGUCACCGGGAGGAAGGAGGAUGUGGAAAUGGCCAAGAGGGAGAUCCUCUCAGCUGCUGAGCACUUCUCCAUGAUCCGAGCGACACGCAACAAAGUGAAUGGGCUGACGGGUGCCCUGCAGGGUCCCCCCAACCUGCCGGGCCAGACCACCAUCCAGGUGAGAGUCCCAUACCGCGUGGUGGGGCUGGUGGUGGGCCCCAAGGGAGCCACCAUCAAACGCAUCCAGCAGCAGACACACACCUACAUCGUGACACCCAGUCGUGACAAGGAGCCCGUCUUUGAGGUGACGGGAAUGCCCGAGAACGUGGACCGGGCCCGCGAGGAGAUCGAGGCCCACAUCACCAUGCGGACAGGCUCCUUCGUCGACGUCAACGCCGAAAACGACUUCCACACCAACGGCACCGACGUCUGCUUGGACCUGCAGGGUGGUUCUGCCGGUCUGUGGGCCAAAGCUCCACAUCCAGCCCGCCGGCCCGCAGCCGCGCUGCGCAACGACAGCCUCAGCUCCCUGGGCAGCGCUUCCACCGAGUCCUUCUACAGCGGGCGGGUGGCAGAUAACAGCCCCACCAGCCCCUACAGCACCGGCGGUGGAUUCACCUUCAGCGAUGCGCCGGCCCCGCUGGGCUCGGAGGAAUGUGACUUCGGUUUCGACUUCUUGGCCUUGGACCUGACGACGCCGAGUGCCGCCGCCGCCAUCUGGUCGCCCUUUGAGCGUGCUGCCAACCCCCUGCAAGCCUUCGGCGGCUCGCAGAGACGCAACAGCGGCACGGCCACACCGCGCCAUUCACCCACUUUGCCCGAGAGCACCGGAGGGGCCUUGGAGCAUCCCUUGGCACGCCGCAUCCAGAGCAACCCCGUCAGCACCUUGUCCUGGCUGCCCACCCAGGGCUCGCUCUCUUCCUUCUCCACCAGCACGGGUUACUCCUCCUCCUCAUCGCUGCCCGGCAGCGUCUCGGCCGCCUCGGGCUCACCCACCGACUCCAGCAGCUCCGACGGGCAUCGCAAGAGCUCUCGUGAGUGCAUGGUGUGCUUUGAGAGCGAGGUGAUCGCCGCCCUGGUGCCCUGCGGCCACAACCUCUUCUGCAUGGAGUGUGCCAUGCGCAUCUGUGGCAAGGCCGAGCCCGAGUGCCCCGCGUGCCACACACCGGCCACCCAAGCCAUCCACAUCUUCUCCUAGCCGGGGCCAGCUUGACGCGGCGAGCAGCCCCACUCCCCUCCCCUCCAACACAACUUUUUAAGGACUUGAAGCGGUUGAGGUCAACGCAGCCGUUGGGGUCAACACAGCCGUUGAGGUCAACGCAACCAUUGGCAUCAAGGCAACCGUUGGGGUCAACGUAGCCGUUGGGGUCAACGUAGCUGUUGAGGUCAACGCAACCAUUGGCAUCAAGGCAACCGUUGGGGUCAACGUAGCCAUUGAGGUCAACACAACCAUUGGCAUCAAGGCAGCCGUUGGGGUCAACGCAGCCAUUGGGAUCAACGCAACCGUUGAGGUCAACGCAGCCAUUGGGGUCAAUGCAACCAUUGGCAUCAAGGCAACCGUUGGGGUCAACGCAACCGUUGGCAUCAACGCAACUGUCGGCGUCAACCCUUUUUAUUUAAAGGAUCGGACUGGGGGUGUAGGGGUGGGGAUGGAGAUGCUAUUUUUCUCCCGCUGGAUGGAAGCCGGAGGGCAGGAUUGCGGGGAGGGAGGGGGCAGAGCAAAGGGGUUGGGAGGGCUGGGGAGGAAGGGGCAGACGAAGACGACGAGGAAGAGACACAGAACCGCAGAGAGGAGCAGAACCCAAUGUUUACAGAAUAGCUUUAACUCUUAGCCCGGCUGUGGCGGCUGGGAAGAGGAAGCCCAGCUGUUCUUCAACAGUCCUUUCCAAAUAACAGUAUUCAGUUUGCAAAGUUAAAUAAACAGAAAGAAAAGG